CCUAGAGGUCAAAGAACCGAUGACAACAAAAUCUGCCGGGAAUGUAUGGGAUCUCCAGACCGCUAUGACUGGCUGUACCUUGGCUUCAUGGCCAUGCUUCCCCUGGUUUUACACUGGUUCUUCAUCGAAUGGUAUUCAGGAAAAAAGAGUUCCAGCGCGUUGUUGCAGCACGUCACGGCCUUGUGUGAGUGCAGCACUGCGGCACUUGUGACGCUGCUCGUCAGCGACCCCGUUGGCUCUCUGCGGAUCCGCUCCUGCCCGGUGAAGAAGCUUUCGGACUGGUACACGAUGCUUUACAACCCAAGCCCUGACUACAUCACCACAGUGCACUGCACUCAUGAAGCGGUGUAUCCCCUGUACACCAUUGUGUUUAUUUAUUACGCCUUCUGUCUUGUGCUAAUGAUGCUACUUCGGCCUCUUCUGGUUAAGAAAAUUGCCUGUGGUUUAGGAAAGUCUGAUCGAUUUAAGAGCAUUUAUGCAGCGCUGUACUUCUUCCCUGUCCUCACCGUGCUUCAGGCUGUUGGAGGAGGCCUGCUCUAUUAUGCCUUCCCAUACAUCGUGCUGGUGUUGUCUUUGGUUACGCUGGCUGUGUACAUGUCUGCUUCUGAAGUGGAGUCUUUCAAGGAUCUUCUUGUCAGGAAGAAAAGGCUUGUCGUCCUCUUCAGCCACUGGUUACUUCAUGCCUAUGGAAUCAUCUCCAUUUCCAAACUGGAUAAGCUUGAGCAGGACCUGCCGUUGCUUGCCUUGGUACCUGCACCUGCGCUCUUCUACUUACUGACAGCCAAGUACACCGAGCCGUCGCGCGUGCUCUCAGAAGGUGGCAAUGGACAUUAGAAGGAGCCCGUGCUGACAACGCUGUCCUAACAAUCUGGAUUAAGCAAUUUUAGUGCUUGUUACGCUUUGGAGACUUCUGUUUUAAAAGAAGUUAGUUAUGUACAAGACUUCUGGGUGAAACACCUCUGAGAGAGACUGUAUAAUAUUAAAAAGCCGCACUUGGUA